AUGUGGACGAAACGACAUCACAACAACUGUAUCUCGCUGGAGACGCACGCGCAUCGCCUCGCACGCGCGCGCCUCCCGCAGUCCCAUCCUGCGCUCUUCUCUGCUCACCUGUGUCGCUUGAUCGCCGCCCGGCACCUCAUUCAAAUACCCUCCCCUCCUUCUCUCCAGCGUCUUUCCCUUCCCCUUCGUCUUGACCUUACCCGAGUGCGCAAGUAUGCAGGCACUCUUCUCAUUUUCUGGCCCUUUGCUUGGGCAAUGUCGAUGGUGGCACGCCGCCUCGAGAUCUCCGUUGCAGCCUAUGCUAUGUCUAUCCUUUACGGGCUGAUUGCCUCGUUCUUGCUACGAAGGGAGCAGCGCACGAAGACGCGGCCUCUUGCGAGCGGCCGGAUGUCCGUACAAGCCGCCUUCGCGUUGCUAGCAGCCAACCUCGCAAUUCUCCUAGUCGCCCUCUGGCCCAUGAACAAGCCGACAUGGGACUACGGCCUCAUCGCUACUUUCAUCUACCCGGGUAUCUACCCCCUCAUGAAGCGCGUGACAUAUUGGCCUCAGGCAUGGCUAGGCCUCGCGAUGAACGUUGGCAUCCCGAUGGCGUGGACGGCUUACUCGCAAACAGUCUCGGCUAGCGCCUUCAUCCUCGCGGCAGGCACCUGGUCGUGGACAAUGUGGUAUGAUACAAUUUACGCAUGCCAGGACAAGAAGGACGAUGCGCAAGUGGGCGUGAUGUCGACAGCACUGCUAUUCGGCGGAAAUAUCCGGCCCGUUCUCGCAGUGCUCGCGGGGAGCUUUGCGGCAUCCCUCGCGCUAGCAGGCGUUGCCAACGAGCAGGGGGUGCUCUACUACGCUAUAAGCGUCGCAGGUGGCAUAGCAUAUCUACUGCAUCUGACUACCUCUGUCGAUGUGGAUGACCCGAAGUCAUGCGGCAAAGUGUUCUACAACAGCGGUGUCUGGCUGGGAGCACUGAUCUAUGCGGGUACGCUCGCCGACUAUCUGGCUGCUGCAUUAUGCCCCCAUACCGUCAGCGUGACUUGGUAA